GCAAAUACAGACCGGAUUAUCUAAAAGAGGAAUUGAUUGGGUGUUUAAUUGCCCUGAUAACCCAUCGGAAGGUGGAGUGUGGGAACGCAUGGUGCAAUGCGUUAAACGUGUCCUCCGUCACACCUUGAAGGAAAUCGCGCCACGUGAGCAUACAUUGCAGAGCGUCUUGAUUGAGGCCGAGAAUAUAGUGAACUCUCGGCCACUUACACAUUUGCCGAUAUCAGUGGACCAAGACGAACCGCUUACGCCAAACCAUUUUUUACUGGGUACCGCCAAUACAGCGCAAACGCCUUCUAUAAACGCUUCGGAAGAGCGAACGUCUGCCCUUCGUAAACAGUGGCGAAUUGCUCGGCAGCUUCGCAAUAGGUUUUGGAAGAGGUGGAUAAUGGAGUAUUUACCUACGUUAACGCGAAGAACCAAAUGGUGCGAGAAGACGAAAGCAUUGGAAGUGGGUGACGUGGUGUUUAUAUGCGACGUUAAUACCCCGCGACGACAAUGGUGCCGUGGUGUGGUGGAGCGUGUUUUCCCUGGAGUGGAUGGUGUAAUUCGGCGCGCGGACGUCAGGACUAGCUCUGGUGUAGUACGUCGUCCUUCUUCAAAGCUGGCCGUUUUGGACGUACGUAGUGGUGAAUCUGAGCGAUCCACGGGGGAGGGAAUGUGACAAAACGUCCACCUAUAACUUGUCGUAUUCAAAUUUAAAGUGUAAGCACAUCGUAAGCUUUGUUAAUUUAUGUAAAGUUUUUGUGAACUCUACGCAGUUGGCAACUCUUGUAAGACAUUCGACCUUUAUGUUCGACAUUUGCCUUUAUUUAAGUUGUUCGUCAUUUUGAUUUAUUAGAGUCGUGAAUGUUCAAGAGGAAAGGCGCAAACUGCGGUGAGUAUUAUUAAUCUGAUUUAUGUAUAUGAAAACCACUGCUCAUUGUUAACUGUAUUUCAUUAUCAUAGAAAUAAACGCACUCGUACCCGUCGUCAUGCCAUUGUAACCAAAGAGGCGUUUUAUUUCUUUAGCCUACUCACGAC